AUGUGUCAAUAUUUGGCCAUUUCCGGGCUGGCCUCCCUCGGUUGGCAGCACACACGUCCCCUGUUUGCCUCCCCUGAUGAGACCCGGACACAGCAGGCUGGAGAUGUGUUUUCUGCCUCGUGUAUCAGCCAGUUAUUGAUGGUGCUUGGAACCUUCAACACAUUUUUGUUCUCAGCUCCACACUCAGAUCACGAUAAUGUUGAAAUCCCUCGCUAUCACAUCCACACCAGGCUAAGCUAUUUUCAUACCUCUCCUUCAGUCUCUAGUUCCUCGGAGGCGUUCCACUGCUCCCCGCCGCUCUUGCCUUGCUUAUUCCUGCUCCGAGACAAAAGACGCUACGAUCGCGGGGGCCUCCAGCACACCAUCACCUGGGGCCGCGGGAACAGCCACAACUCAGCAGUGUUCGGCAACGGACCCACCAACGUGACAGCUGUGUUGGGACAUCGCGCCAGCCUCUGCCAAGUGAAGAACCUCGGCCAUAAAGAUGUGUCUUGGAUUCGCCAAAGGGACCUGCAUAUUCUGACAGUGGGAAUAUUCACCUACACGAGUGACGAUCGGUUCAAGGUGUUCCAUCCCCCGGAGACUGAGGACUGGUUCUUGGAGAUUAGUUCCGUCACCUUCAGAGACUCCGGCGUGUAUGAGUGCCAGGUGUCCACAAGCCCCAAGGUGUCGCUGCCCAUCCACCUCACCGUGCUGGCGGUGCAGCAAGCAGAGAUCCCAGGGCCUCAUGAAGUGUUUAUCCAACACGGGUCGACCAUCAGCCUGCAGUGUGAGGUGCGCGCCGGAGUGGAGGCGGUGGGGCUGGUUCGCUGGUACCAUGGAGACAAGCCCCUCAACUACAGCUCACUGCGAGGAGGCAUCAGCAUGGAGGUGAGUGGAAAGACCCCGACGAUGACCACUUCGAAGCUGUACAUCACGAGGGCGGUGAAGGCAGACACUGGAAACUACACAUGCGCUCCGAAGUUCUCUCGCCCCGAUUCCGUUUUCGUUCACGUCGUUAAUGCGGGCGAGGAGUCGGCUGCCGCGGUGCAGAGUGGUUCCCAGGGCGUGCGGGCGGGCGUGGGCGUGCUGUGGGUGUGUGUGCUGCUGGCCACCGCCCUCACACCCAUUCCUCUCAUCGCUCCUCGUCGUCGUCGUCUCUGAGUGUACGGUGGUGUUCCUUGUAUACAGCUUGGUGUUCCCGCCUCGUUCCCCCCACACCUGUCCCUCUCUCCUACCCAGAUCCACGUCCCCUCCUUGACCCCGAACCCGUCUGCCCUGCCCCGUCAACCCCACGUCAACCCUCUUCAGUCCCUCGUCAAUCCCCGUCAAUCCCCGUCAGCCCCACGUCAGACCCCCGUCAGCCCCACGUCAGCCCCACGUCAGCCCCCCGUCAGCCCCGCCUACGUCAUUUUAGCGUGCCUUAAUAUUUUUGUAGGUGUCCCCCGAGUCUCUGUCUAAUAAAGUAUAUAUCUAUA